AUGAAGAAUCUCUUCAGCAUUGUGAUUCUUCUUGGUGUAUGUAUUGGGAAUACAAUCGGAAUAAAUACACUCUUGGUCAAGAACGAGCUGAAAAACAAAGUCGUCGGUGUUCGUUGCAGAUCCAAGAACGACAACCUUGGUAAUCAUAUUUUAAAGAUUGGUCAAAUGACAAAGAAUAACUUUGAUGAUAACGUUUGGACCAGGAGAACGCUUUUCUGGCGGAGUAAUUUGUGGAAAGGACCUGAUUUUAAGAUCCACAUAGCGUUUGAUCAUCAAUUUUUGAUACAUACAGACUAA